AUGGAGAGACCAGUGAAGGAUGGGAUCCUCUAUGUGCAGCACUGCAAAUUUGGAAAGAGGUCCUGGAGGAAGAUGCGAGCUCAGCUGUUUGCUGCCAGCCCCUCCGGUGUGGCCCGCAUGGAGAAGUUCGAUGUGCGGGAUGAUGGCACAGCCCCGGAGAAGAUGCCUCUGCAGCGCUGUGCCCGCCGGGUAAUCCGCCUCUCAGACUGUGUCUCCGUGGGCCCAGCAGGCACAGAGAGCUGCCCCAAAGCCACCUCUGCCUUCUACCUCACCACCACGGAGAAGAGCUAUGUGCUGGCGGCUGAGCAGCGGGAUGAGUGGAUUGCCCAGCUCUGCCAGCUGGCCUUCCAGGGUGCAAAAGAGACAGUGCCGAGUAGUGCCAGGACCCAGCUCAGCCCCUCUGUCCCCAUGGAGGAGAACUCUCUCUACUCUUCCUGGCAGGACUUGACCGAAUACCUGGUGCUGGUGGUCCAGACAGAUGCAUCCACCCGCUGUGGCCUGCACGGGCAGUACCUGCUCUCAGCCCUUCCCCAGAGCCUGACACUGAAGGACCUGCAGUCCCGCCAGCCCCUGCUUACCUGGCCCUACCCCUUCCUCCGCAAGUUUGGCCAGGAUCAGGCUGUCUUCUCAUUCGAGGCUGGUCGCCGCAGUGACUCCGGCGAGGGCACCUUCACCUUCAGCACCCCGCGGGCCCCUGAGCUCUGCCGGGCUGUGGCUGCUGCCAUUGCCUGCCAGCAGCAGGGCAAGGACACCCCAGACCCCAGGCUCUUCUGUGUCCCAGACCCCCAGCUGUCUGCACAGGGCCUUGAACCCCAACCCUGGGGCCCUGAGACAGAGGACCCCCAGCCCAGCCCAGCCCUGGGGGGGGCACAGCCUGCCUCCAAUGCCCCUGCCAGCCUCCUCUGCUUCACCCCGCCAGAGCCAGAGGGCUCGUGCCCCAUCGUCUAUGCCUCCAUCGCCCGGAGCCACCAGCCCCACUUUGUGCCAGGGCAGCCGGGCUCUUGUGAGCCCUGGGCUGCAGGGAAGCCGCUCCCUGAACACCUCUAUGAGAACAUCUUCACCGCAGAACCGCUUUCAGUCGGGACACAGGAAGAGGAGGAGGAAGGGCAGUGGGAGCUGGGGUGCCGACAGGCCCCCGAGGGCCACAGCAGCGAGGGGGGACCCCUCUAUGACAAUCGGGCUGCCCUGGCACAGCCCCCCAGGGCCGCGGGCUGGGGUCGCGGGGGACAGGAGCCACUGCUGGGGCGCUCCAGGCACAAGCCUCAAAGCACCCUCCGGGCUAAGCUGGUGCGGCUGCUGAGCCGGGAGAGCGCCGGGGCGCGGGACUGGGCCUGA